AUGUGUAUUCUCUUAUGUACCAGAGACGUGCCUGGGUAUAAGCUAGUUGUUGGUUCUAAUCGAGACGAGUAUUUUGAGCGUCCAACGGUGCCGGCCCAAUGGCUAGAUCAGGUGUUGAUGCCGGUAGAUAUGGCCCGGAGGGAGCAUGGAACAUGGAUAGGGAUAUCCAGCAAAGGGAGGAUUGCUAUACUUCUCAAUGUUCGAGAGAAGUCGGGCAAGACUGAAGCUGGGGUGAUUUCGAGGGGGAAGAUUACGGCAGACUUCCUUAGGAGUGAGCUUUCUCCUUUGUUGUGGGUCAAGGACAUACGGAGAAGAUGCAAUGACUUUCGAGACAUGGAUGGGUUCAGCCUAGUGUUUGGAGAGUUAAAAACCGGGGAAAUAUACACCAUGAGUAAUAGAAGGCACGGGGUGGACAUGGUAUUCAACGAUCGACUUGGUGGGGCUGCAGUUUUCGGUCUGUCCAAUUCAUUGAUUGAUGCACCAUGGCCCAAAGUUCUUCAUGGCAUGAAAAUGAUGGAGGAAACCACGGCGGGGAGGAAAUUCUCUGAAGAGGACCUGAUUGCCAGUGUAUUUUCCGUUAUGAGUGAUCGAAACCCCGAAAUACACGAGGGUGAAGGUAUGAGCAAACACAUGGACCUUACAAUACGAGAAACGGUGUUUGUGCCAAGACUGGUCAAUGACCUAAUGGACCCCCCACCUCAGGACAAACAAACUUACGGCACACGCACACAGACAGUGAUUCUCGUCCAUGACGAUGGCCAUGUUGUGUAUGUCGAGAGAAACGUGGCAUUGGAUAGCGUCACAAAGUUUUCCUUCAUCCUUGAAUAG